GGGGCCGCGCGCGCUGAGGAGCCCGAGCCGCCGCGGGAAGCGCCCUGACCGCCGCGCCCUCGCCCGCCCGGCCCGCCCGCCGCGCGUCCUCACGGCCCAGGUGCGGAGCUGCUCCGGCUCGGCCCGCGGGGGAGCCCCGGGAGCCGCACGUGUCCCGGGUCAUGAAACUGAAUCCACAACAGGCUCCAUUAUAUGGCGACUGUGUUGUCACCGUCCUGCUGGCUGAGGAGGACAGAGUGGAAGAGGAUGUUGUGUUUUACUUAGUGUUUUCGGGUUCUGCCCUCCAUCACUGUGCGAGCACUCGGAAGGUCAGCUCUGACACGUUGGAGACCAUCACUCCUGGACAUGACUGCUGUGAGACCGUGAAGGUGCUGCUGUGCGCCUCCAGAGGCGGCCUGCCCGUGUCUGUGGUAGCUGAAGAAGACUUCCGCUUCAUCAAGGAUGAGGCGUACGACGCAGCCCAGUUCCUGGCGACCAGCGCCGGCAACCAGCAGGCUCUAAACUUCACCCGCUUCCUGGACUGGUCAGGGCCGCCAGCUGGGGACGUGAAUUCCCUGGAUGAGAAGGUUGCUCUGGCGUUCAGGCACCUGAAGCUGCCAGCCGAGUGGAAUGUGCUGGGGACUGAUGCGGCUUUGCACGAUGCCGGCCCCCGCGAGACCUUGAUGCAUUUUGCUGUGCGCCGGGGACUGCUGAGGUUGACGUGGUUCCUGUUACAGAAGCCGGGUGGUCGCGGAGCUCUCAGCAUCCACAACCAGGAAGGGGCGACGCCUGUGAGCCUGGCUCUGGAGCGAGGCCACCACAAGCUGCACCAGCUGCUCACCCAGGAGGAUGCUGGAGAGCCCGACUCCUGGAGCAGUCUGUCCUACGAGAUCCCUUACGGAGAGUGCUCCGUGAGGCACCACCGGGGGCUGGGCGUUUACACGCUGACCUCCGGGGCUGAGGCGCGGCAGGAGCCCCCGGCUGCUGAGGAGAGCUGCACGGGACAGAUCUUUAAACUGAUGAACAUCCAACAGCAGCUAAUGAAAUCAAACCUCGGGCAAAUGGACAACCUCUUGCCCUUGAUGGUGACAGCGCAGGACCCCUGCAGUGCGCCCAGCACCCCAGAGACAGAUGGUUGCUUCCUUCCGGGUGCACCGCAGCCCUGGGGCAGCCAACAGCUUCCUCUUGGCCUGCCCCAGCGGGCUGCACACUGCCAAGGAGGCCCUGCUGGACAGAGUGACCGUGCCCGUGCCCCACCGAGCAUGGCUGUGGGAGAGAACCCAGACCAGCCCUGCAGCUGGGAGGCAGGCGUGGCCACAAAAGGGGAAGAGGCGGAGCCAGCGUGCGCAUGGGACUCCAGAGCUGUGCCUGGGCAGGACAGCUGCGUUGCCUGUGAGCCUCGCUGUGCGGUGGAGGGCACCGAGGGCUCCCCGAGCUCUGGAGACAGUCAGGGACAGCAUGGAAGAGAGCCUGGAGCCCUGAAGAGUGGGGGCGUGGUCAUGGAGCCAGGCCCACCCUGGUGUCCCCCUGGAGGCGUGCUGGCAGCCGGGGUGGCCGCAGGUGCAGCCCAGCAGGAACUGGAGGCCGUGGCUGCUCCCACGCAGGAACAGGUUCCCCGGGGAAGGGAGAAGGAUGCAGCGGAGGGAUUGGGGACCUCAGAUGCUGGCGCGGUUGGAGCUGCUGCUCUGGGAGGUGGCAGGCCUGCGGCUUCUGCACGUGAAGUCAGCCAUGGGGGAAGUUCUGUGGAGAAGGCAGCAGAAGCGGAAGCUCCAGGGAGAAGACCCGUGCAGAACGCUGAUGUCCCAGUGGGUCAUGGCUGCCUGGUCCCUGCGGGUGCUCUGGAUGACAGGAUUCCAGGAGGAAUAGAACCUGGCAUCGCCCCGACAGCAGGCCUGGGUGAGGCCGCGCCCUGCUUGGAUGUAGGUGCCCCGCGGGCCCAGCAAUCAGAAGUGAAUUCCUGCACUGGAGGGGGUUUGCAGGGCGCUGCCUGUGCCGGUGCGCAGGGCACAGUGCCUCCUAGUGGCCAGUCUGGGGCACAGCACCCCAGGGACGAAGGCCCGCCCAGCAUGCCAGGUGCUUCCGCUGCUGUGGGCAGUGCGGACCCACAGGCUUGCCCUGUGCCCUCCCGGCCUGCGGGGGAGACGCACGAGCCGGAGGAUGACUAUCCUCUUGGAGUUUUGGAUGAAGUGGGCCAGAGGAAAGAGUUGAAGCGAGAUACACUUUCAGGAAAUACGCUUGAGGUUGUCUCACCUCCACACGAUGUUGUCCCUGAAACUGCAGAAGCAGUGGUGCCAGGCCAGGCGGUGACAUCAGACAGCACUGUCUCUCUGGCAGGCGGUCCCAGCAGUGAAUCAGGAACCAGAGAUGACGCGCUUUGUCCUGUCCCCUCCCACGGAGAAAAGGGGGCGGCGGCUCCUCGCCUGCACGCAGCCGCAGACGGCCGGGAGCGCCAGGACGGGGAGCCCGGGGAGCCUGGAGAGAAGGGGCCGUCCGCCUCGGGCACUGCUGCCGACCUAGAGCCCGGCAUGGGGAACACCAGCCCCGCAGGACUUGGUGGGGAGCCAGAGGGGCCUGGUCCGUCAGCACACCCUGAGGCAGUGAACGCCGAGGGUGGCCCCGAAGCUGCCCCGCAGAGCGUGGGCCCUGCUGCUUGGGCUGCUGCUUCAGCUGCAGCUGUGGAGGGGAAAAGUUCGGUGGCUCCGGAGAGCCCCGUGGCUCCGGGACAAGGUGAUAGGGAGGAGGCAGCGACUGGACCUUCCACGGAGGAGGCAGCGACUGGACCUUCCACGGAGGAAGGCACACUUCCCUCAGGGGUGCUGCGAGCUGAGCAGCGCACACUGGCUCCUGGCCUUGAGUUGUGGGCACACUCUGAGAACUCCAGCUCAGCUGCCCGUGGCGAGGACCAGGCGCUGCAGCCCUGCCACUCGCCGGGCACACCCUCUGCCUGGCUGAAGACGAAGAAUGCUCGUGACCCGGAAGGGGCUCCUCGGGGCUCUCUGCUGUCUGAAGGUGGGGCUGCAGGGGGCCUGGGGUUACCAGGAGCAGGCCUGGCAGCAGAGCAGAAGUGCUCCCCUCUGUCGCCACAGGUGCGACGCGAGGGCUCUGAGGCUCUGAGCUGCGAGCUGCCCUUGGUGCGGGGUGUUGGCGUCAAGACCGCUCCCUCCCAGGAGAGCGUGGAUCCCCACGGGGUGAGGAGAAAUGAGCCAGUGGGCGCUGCCGCUGCUGGUGCUCCUCAAGGCCCCUCUGGGCCCGGAAGCAAGGAGUUUUCUCAUGACUCCCUGGAUGUCCCAUUGCCCGAAGUUGUGCUGGGGAUGGAGAAGAGUGUGACCCAGGGCCUGCCGGAGCCAGUGCUGGGCGGCGUUCUGAUGGACGUGCCGGGGGCUGCGUCCCCAGACAUGCCCCCUGCUGACUGCCGGGAAGGGUGGCUGGAGGGUGCAGACCACAGCUGUGCCGGGUGCGGCACCACCGAGACCACAAUGGAUGGCAAAGCCCAGCGGCCUGUCCUCCAGGCGCGGCCCCCAGAGGACGAGGCCCCAGCUGGUGGGCUGCACCUCUACUCCAAGGAACCCACUCGAUCGAGGCAGCUGCCAGCCACAUCGUGGAGGCGGUCAUGGAAUGGGUCAGGGCCUCGGGAGCCCUGA